GCCAUUAAUGCUUCCCACCCUCCAACGUCUGUCUCGCCUUCUCUCUCUCUUUCUCGUUUUGGCUGCGGACAGAGACGCACAGAAAGAGAGAAAGAGAGAGAGGUGAGCCAGGUCAACCUUCGGGAAGGUGUCAAAGGGGAGCUCCAAGGGGGGAAAAAACGAGAGAGGGGAAAAAAAAGGGAACCACCUUUUAGGAGGCUUGGCUCUCCGCUCUUCUCAUCUCCUCCAUUCUCUCUCCCUCUUCGUGAUUUCGAUCAUUUAUUUGGUCGCCCAAACCUUUUUCUCGUGGAAUCCGAGCCAUCCUCUCGAAUUCGGCAGCUGGAGACCUCCCCUGUGAGGUGGGUUUCGCGUGGUGGUCCUGCUUUCUCGCACGAUCGGGGGGUUGCUUUCGUUCAUUAAAAAGAACGUUUUUUGGCCCGAUUCGCUGGUUUCCCCUCACGGAUCUGGCCAAGGCUUUUGCUCGUCCUCUUGGUGUUGGUGGGGCUUAUUACGGUCGGGCGAGGAGGGAGCUGGUAUCGGGAGUUGUUCUUGAUGGGGAAUUGCUGCAGCGCGCAGGUCAAGGCGGAGAGCACCUCCUACAGUGCCUUUGCUUCAGGCGUGAACUCUAAAUACAGUAAUAGAGAUGGAAAGGGGAGUGGUUCUAGCAGCCGGGUUUCCGCAGCAUCCGUGCCUCCAACCCCUCGGAGUGAGGGUGAGAUCUUGCAGGCAUCAAAUGUGAAGAGCUUUGCAUUCAACGAACUGAAAAGUGCCACCAGGAAUUUCCGACCAGACAGUGUGUUGGGAGAGGGAGGAUUUGGUUCAGUCUUCAAGGGAUGGAUUGAUGAGCACUCAUUUGCAGCAACCAAGCCUGGGACUGGAAUUGUUAUUGCCGUGAAGAAGCUCAACCAGGAAGGCUUUCAGGGUCACAGAGAAUGGUUGGCAGAAGUUAACUACCUGGGCCAGUUGUCUCAUCCUAAUCUUGUAAAGCUUAUUGGGUACUGCUUAGAGGAUGAACAGCGACUUCUUGUCUAUGAGUUUAUGCCUCGGGGGAGCUUGGAAAAUCAUCUUUUCAGGAGGGUUUCAUACUUUCAACCCCUCUCUUGGAACCUCCGGAUGAAGGUUGCCCUUGGAGCUGCAAAAGGGCUUGCUUUUCUGCACAGUGACAAGGCAAAAGUUAUUUAUCGCGAUUUUAAGACAUCGAAUGUCCUUCUUGAUUCGAACUACAAUGCAAAGCUUUCUGAUUUUGGGCUGGCAAAAGAUGGUCCAACUGGUGAUAAAAGCCAUGUCUCUACCAGGGUCAUGGGAACAUUUGGAUAUGCUGCUCCUGAAUAUCUUGCAACAGGUCAUUUGACUGCCAAGAGCGAUGUGUAUAGCUUCGGGGUUGUUCUGCUAGAAAUGUUAUCUGGACGGCGAGCUGUGGACAAGAACCGCCCGGCCGGGGAACACAAUUUGGUGGAGUGGGCAAGGCCUCAUCUCGCAAACAAGAAAAGGAUCUUCCGCAUCUUGGAUGCACGGCUGGGAGGGCAGUACUCACUAGGAGGAGCCCAGAAGGCUGCCGCCCUUGCACUGCAGUGCUUAUCCAUAGAAGCCAAAUACAGGCCAAACAUGGAUGAAGUGGUACCGGAAUUAGAACAGCUGCAGGAUACCAAAGACACUGGGAGAAACCCUCAGAAUGAACGGAAGGUGAGCAGCCAAUAUGUCGGCAGCAAUCUGCAAAGGUAUCGCCGCAGAAGCGUAGAAGAACCUGGAAGAGGAAAGGGUGCUUAUGCUAGGCCCUCAGCUUCCCCUCUUUAUGCUUAGCAGCCCAAGUUGAGGGGAAACUGUAAUUUGAUCUUCAGAGAAGGGUUGGGGGGGACAGAGAGAAUAGAAGGGAUCGAUCUUGUAUGUAACAUGCUAUGUGUGUCCCCUUCUGUUGCUGCUGUACAGCUUUUCUUGUUCUUGCUCGAGUAUGGUGUGUGCAUUUUGGCCUUUCCCAAAGUCAUGGAUGAGUGCUUUGGGUGUUCUUUUUGUAGCUUCUCAUUUGCCGGAAUUUGGAAGAGGCAAUGGCGAGAGUAAAUUUUUCGCCUCCUUUAUUCCAUGGGUAAUGGACUUUACAUUCCUUAAUUUUUAUCAGCUUCUGAGAUCGCUCUCCUCCAA